UUUGGUCAAAGGUAUGAAUUUGCUUUGCCGAAGACUCAACCGUCGAGGACUUUGAUCAACUCAACUCAAAUUCAUAUUUUUUUUCUUCAAGUAAUGGACAUUUGAUUACUAUUUUUGCCUCCAGUUUGUUCCUGAAGGAAAGGCUAGCCUAGCUGUCACAGCCCCACCCAUAAGAAGUAUUUCAGUUGAUAUUAAAACCAUGAAGGUUGUCGAUAUUAAAUUGAUGAAAUAAGAGAUAUAAGUGCCUGAAAAGCACACUCUAAUAUACCCGAGACGCUGAGGAUCUAUAUUACUCAUAAUAUGGCAGGGGGACCAGUGGACCCCAGAGAGAUUUUGAAGGGGGUGGAAGCUCUGUUGGGCAAAGAUGGAGAGCUCCGCAGCCUGGAAGGAGUCCCAAAGGUGUUUAGCCUGAUGAAAGCUUCUACGAAGAUGGUCAGUAGAUGUAUGUACCUGAACAUCCUGCUGCAGACGAAAUCCCAUGAUGUUCUUAACAGGUUUAUCAGAGUUGGGGGGUACAGGCUGCUUAACUCCUGGCUCACCUACUCCAAAACCACCAACAACACCCCCCUGCUGCAGCUGAUCCUUCUCACUCUACAGAAGUUGCCUCUCAAAGUGGACCACCUCAAACAGAACAACACAGCCAAGCUUGUGAAGCAGCUGAGUAAGAGUGCAGAAACUGAAGAUCUGAGGAAACUGGCAUCCGUGCUUGUAGAUGGCUGGAUGGCUACAAUCCGCUCCCAGAGUGUCUCAAGCAGUGCAAACUCUCCUGCUGAUAGAAAAAAGAAGAAGGAAGAAAGCAAGAUGCAGGUACGGGAUGUGAAAGAAAAGAAUGGAGAUGAGGAGAGGAAGAAGGAGAAACCUAAAGCUCAUGCACCUAGCCACACAAAGAUUCGCUCCAUAGGAUUGGAGAUGGACAUUCCCAACGUGGCCCCAGCUAAGAAGACGCCGGCCGCCCCACAGCUUGGUGACAAGUACAACAUCAAGCCUCCAGUCCUCAAGAGGCCAUGCUCUGGUCCAGCAGAUGCUCCACCUCAGGAGAAAAAAUACAAACCUCUAAAUACCCCCUCUAACUCUACCAAAGAGAUCAAAGUCAAGAUCAUUCCAGCACAGCCAAUGGAGUGCACAGGGUUCCUAGAUGCUCUGAAUUCUGCCCCAGUGCCUGGAAUUAAGAUCAAGAAGAAAAAACCUGGUACUAGUAAUACAGCUAAUACCAAGGCGGUCUCCCCUACAUCUAACAAGGCGAGUCCAUUUGACAGCAAACCCUCUACGUAUUCGUCUUCCUCUGCUAAACCGUCAUCUCCAGAAACUGCUGCGUCCACCGCUCCUGAUGAAAACCAGGAGGCAGAGCAACCUGGAACCCCUGUUCCCUCUGAGGACCCUGAGGCCUCUGACAAUGGCGAAAAGCCCAAUGCUCUGGCAGAACCACGUGGAGAAGAAGAAAGCUUGACCAAGAAGGGCAAGAAGAAGAAGACAGUUCACUGGGCUGAGGAGGAGCAGCUCAAACACUACUUCUACUUUGAUCUGGAUGAGACAGAAAGAGUCAACGUCAACAAGAUUAAAGAUUUUGGUGAGGCUGCCAAACGAGAGCUGAUGAUGGACAGGCAGACGUUUGAGAUGGCCCGUCGGCUCUCCCAUGACACUAUGGAAGAGAGGGUCCCCUGGACACCCCCAAGGCCCCUGAUGCUGGCUGGCAGUCUGGUUACCCCCGGGGCCAACAGCACAGAGAAACUCACUCAAAGAGACCGUGAGAUGGGCAUCCUGCAGGAGAUCUUCCUAAGCAAAGAAAGUGUGCCUGACAGUCCGCAUGAACCAGACCCAGAGCCUUAUGAACCCAUGCCUCCACGUCUCAUCCCUCUGGAUGAGGACUCCUCCAUGUUGGAUGACAGCUACGGUGAGCCCAUGGACACCACAUCACAGCAGGGUUCUGCCAUGGCCCAAAACGAGAGCUCCAAGCUGCCACCCGUCCUGGCCAACCUUAUGGUCAACCUGAGCAACAGCUCCCGUAGCCCGCAAGCCACAAACACUGUCAACAACCCUGUGGCUCCCACAGUCAAUGUACAGGAGCUGCUCUCAUCUAUCAUGGGGGCUUCUGGUAACCAGUCUACUGAAGACUUGAUCAAGCAGCCUGACUUCUCAGACAAGAUUAAACAGCUGCUGGGCUCCUUGCAGCAGACCCAGAGCCAGAGCCCAGGUGGACCUCCACCAGUGAACCAGGGUUUGUUGGGCCAUGGUCCGGGCAUGAACAAUAUGAACAACAUGAACAUGCACAUGCAGAUGCCCAUGAACGGCGGCUACCCACCCAACAACCCACCUGGCGGGCCUCGCUACAACCACCCCCCGCCCCCUCACAACCAUGGACCACCUUUCAACACUGGUGGAGGCCCACGCAUGAUGGGGCCACCGCCAGGUCAGGGCCGAGGAGAUAAUGGCAACUACUGGGGAGACGACUCCAUGAGAGGAGGGCCCCACCGAGGGGGUCACUUCCAUCGAGGAGGCCGGGGCCGGGGAGGAGGAGAGCCAGGUUUUAGGGGUCGAGGACGUGGAGGCCCUAGAGGAGGGCACAACAACAUGAAUGACAUGUCCAAGAGACCUGUGUGUCGUCACUUCAUGAUGAAGGGAAGCUGCAGGUAUGAGAGCAACUGUGCCUUCUACCACCCUGGGGUAAACGGACCACCGCUGCCUCCCAACCACCCUGCUAACAACCAACACAACCAGCAUGCACAGCAUGGACACUAGGCGACACUGCUUCCAACCUUGAAACAUCUCUGAUAUCUGAUAUGUUGGCCUCUGGAAGAGCCAUUCUCUGUGAUCAAACCAUUGCAGGGUGUCUGGGCUGUUGUUAGACACAAACAGAGUGAGAAGGAAGUUCUGUCCUACACUCUUAAAGUAUAUGUGAAGUCAUUCUGUAGGUCACUAAGCUGAAGCAGUGAGCUCUGCCUCACUCGAGAACAAACGGAGAAGGGAGUGUAAGUGAGGGACUCAAAGACUGAGAGAUGAUCACCGGUGGGACUGUGUGUUUUUAUUGUGGUCAUUUUUAACAGGGACACUGAAACAAGCCACCACACCUGACCACUAUGUGUGAGCUCGCUACCUUAUCUGCUCUGUCCUUUCACCAGUAAAAGGGUCAACCAAACGGAAGUUUCCUACUCACCAGGAAGUUUUCCACCUGGCUGAACUCCCUUGUUGUGGCUGUUCUGCUGUGUAACUACAUGUGAUGUUGCUUACAUACUUUGUCCUAGAUUUGUUACCAGAUUUGUGGUCAUCAGUCAGGUUCGUAGAGAAGAGUCAGAAAUCUUUUCCCUUCAUACACAAUUCUCACAGGUGAGACAAAAGUUUCGGAGGCACUUUAUAAAGGCCCACAGAAUUUAACCACAGUUAAGAUUUAUCAACACUUGGCCUGUAGAAGAAUUGCUAGUAAUUAAACUGCUUAAUUCCACCCAGUCCUGAGAAAAGAAUAGAAAUGAACUCUUCUGACGUGAUGAGGAAGGAUUUUCUGCUUUUUCUUUCAGCAGCUGGUAUUGAAUGUGAAGUGACUGCGAGUAAACAACACUGAGUAUGUUAUCACAUGCAGGCUUUCCCUCUGUGCACUCUGGGUCAGCAGCUCACAGUCCGACUAUCAGCUUCAUGUGUGUGCUGUGACAAUCACAAGUGUCAGACAUACUAUGGUCCUGUCAGAAGAGCAGCUUCUCCCUGAGCUGCUGCUUCUGUCUUCUGUACUCCCAUCUGAACCCAGGAGGGGUUUAUAUUGUCAGUGUUAAGGACUCAGAUGAACGAUUAACCACUCUGGGAUCAGCUAUAUUGAGUGUUUUCUGUGAAAACAAUGACCUCUGUGUCUCUUGUGGGACUGUUAGAAUGUAAUGUUUUUUGUUGCUCCCUCCACCCUACAUAUGUUUUUGUUUUUGUUUUGUUUGGAUUUUUUUUAUAUACACUCUUGAGAAUGUCGGCCCCUUGGGUUUAGGUUUUUGUCAGUAUGAAAUGUUUGCAUUCGUUUGUUUCUAUGAAUACUGACUACACAUACAUACAUUUCAUAUUUCAGUUGAAUUCUUUUGUACACAGUGUAUUGAAUAAAUGUCCAAAUAUAGAUUGUGUUGUUUUAUUUGAGAGUGGGACAGCUGAAAACAAAUGUAUUUUGGAUGAAAUGGAAGCACUCUGCAAAAAAUAAAUCCAGGGAAUGUGGACAUAAUGCAAACACCUGUAUAAUGUGCAAUACAUACAUUAAAGGAUGGGUUAAGAUUUUUUUAGAUCUUUAUACAACAUUCACAUGCCAGUUGGACUCUGAAAGUGUUUUCAGUCAUUCCUUCUGUCUGAAUUGGCCAUGAAGUGAUCCAUCCUAGUGCAACUUUAAACUGUAAAUGAUGGAAGGCAGAUUCAACCUGAGGGCCAUUUGACAAAUAUCUUGUUUACGGGGAUAGGGCUAAAUACAAAAAUAUAAACAUAGCACAGUCCACACCUGAAAAUUACUAGAGAUGAACCAACACAAAACGCUCUACAAAAUCUGAAAGACAAAUCC